AACGUUUUGAAACACUUGGUGCUUUUUUCGUCCCUAAAACAAAAUAUUUGUUUAUGUUCGUACAAAUUGUAAUUUAAGGGCUUGUAACUCGCCGAGAUACAAAAAUGGCGCUGCAAUGUCGAGCCUGUGGUACCGAGGCUUUCGACACCAGCACCACGUAUCUGUAUGGUCCCGACAGCGCCAAAUUGUUACUAAAUUUGGAAUUAAUUUCGGGCACAACGCUCCCCAAUGAACCAGAACUGCCCAGUCACAUAUGCGCUUGCUGCGUCCUGGAACUGCAGCAAGCGGUUGCCUUCAGGGACCGCUGUCUCCAAACGCAAAGGGAACUGCAGCCCUUGCAAUGUCCGACUACGCCGGAACUGAUAUCAGGUCCCGAGGAGUCCGUGGAUGUCAAGAUAGAGUGCAGUGUCGAUGCGCUGCCAGAUUUUAUGAUGGAAACUUCAUUCGUUGAGGGGGAAGGAGCAGAGGAUGACGUCUCCAGCGAAGAAUCGGAAAGCCAACCGGUGGAAGACGCAUCCGAAUACGAUCCCUUGAAGCAGCAACUUGAAAUCCAUCCAGAGUAUCAACUGCCUGUCUUGCCUAAAAGGGGUCGAGGUCGUCCUAGAAAAUACCCACCCAAGCCUCCCAAAGAGAAGAAGGCCGUAGUGUCGUGGAAGAACCUGUCCAAAGAGGAGAUUGCGGAGCGGAGACGACAGUAUCAGUACUGCAACGAUGUCUGCGAAUUGUGCGGCCGGAAAUUCAAGUACAAGAGCAACUUUAAGCUUCACAUGAUGACCCACACGGGCGAAAAGCCCUUCACCUGCGAGGAUUGCGGAAAACACUUUUACACCGAGCAUUUGAAAGUGAAGCACCACCGCGUUGUACACGAGGGCCUAAAACCCUACCCCUGCCGCUAUUGCGAAAGAUUUUUCGGUACCACUGGCCACCGUACCAAACACGAGAGGACUCACACCAAUAUCCGCCCAUACAAGUGCAACGAAUGUGGCAAAUCCUUCAUUUCGUCGGACAAACUAAAGCGCCACCAGCUCAUCCACUCCGGCAUACGGGCAUUUGCCUGCACCAUAUGCAACCAGACUUUUCAGCGCAAUACUCAUCUUAAGCAGCACCUGCGGUCUAAGACUCAUAAGGCCAGGGAAGAUUCGUUAAAAGGUGUGGUCGAGCGGAAGACCAGUGUGGUCGAGCGGAAGCCCAGACGGUCCAGAUACGAUGGACUGGCUGCUUUUGUUGAUUAAGUUACACAUUCCUCUCUAACUUUACUACCGUCGUUAGGUUUGUUUUCUUGUAUAAAUUUAUAAAAUAGGGCUCAAGUUAUCAUAAAUAAAAGUUUGAUUUAAAA